CGCAUAGUGAUCGUAUAAAAAUGUUCACGGCUAAAGGUAUUUUGUUGCUAGGCUAAGUUAAAGUGUAGCAAAUACAGAAAGGAGUUAUUUUACUUUACUUAUUAGGAACUUUAAUGUGAAUAUAAAUAUGUAGAAAGUAGGAGGAUUUGGACACAUACCUGAUUUUACUGACAAUUAAGAAUUUUCUGCUUAAAAAUGAGUACCAAACUAAGAAUUUUUACAAGGAUGAUUUCCUCCGGUACGAGAGUGCCCCAUGUUUGCAUUGUUGGAGCGGGCCCCGCCGGUUUCUACGCGGCGAUGCGCCUGACCAAGAAACUUGCCAACGUCCAAGUUGAUAUCAUCGAGAAACUGCCUGUGCCCUUCGGACUAAUCAGGUAUGGAGUCGCCCCUGACCAUCCAGAGGUCAAAAACGUCAUUAACCAGUUCACAAAAGUCGCCCAACAGGACAACGUGAAUUUUUAUGGAAAUAUUACAUUAGGUAAAGAUGUAACAUUGCCUCAAUUAAGACAAAAUUAUGACGCUGUUUUAUUGACGUAUGGUGCUGAAGAAGAUAAGGUGUUGGGUAUUCAAAAUGAGGAUGCUAAUAAUGUGAUUGCAGCAAGGAAUUUUGUUGGAUGGUACAACGGACUUCCCAGUGAUAGGAACCUUCAAGUAGACUUAUCUAAUGAGACUGCUGCUAUCCUCGGACAGGGCAAUGUUGCACUAGAUGUUGCUAGAAUACUGCUGUCACCAAUAGAAGAGUUAAAGAAAACAGACAUAACACAACAUGCACUUGAUGCUUUAGCUGAAUCUAAGAUCAAAAACCUAUAUUUGAUUGGACGUAGAGGUCCUUUGCAAGUAGCUUUUACAAUUAAAGAAUUACGAGAGCAGCUUAAGAUGAAGGAUUGUAGCACAAUUUGGAGAGAGAGUGACUUUGUAGGAGUUGCAGAUGUGGUAGCCAGUCUUCCUCGUCCACGUAAACGUCUGACGGAGCUUAUGUUAAAAUCAUUAGAAGAAAACAAAUUAAAGAAAGAAGACACAAAUAGUAAGAGAUUAUAUCCUAUAUUUUUACGAAGCCCUAAUAAGUUUAUAACUGAUAAAGAUAAUGUAUUAAAAGGAAUAGAAUUGUUUGAAAAUAGAUUAUAUGGAAAUGGAACAAAUGUUGAGGAGCAAAAGUGUGUUUCUACUAAUGAAAAGGAGUUGCUAGAUUGCGGUUUAGCUUUUAGAAGUAUUGGGUACAAGAGUGUGAGUGUUGAUGAGGAUUUAGAGUUGCUUCCUCAAGGAAUGGUGAAUAAUGAUAAUGGAAGAAUUUUGGAUGCCCAUCCUAGGCUAGCAAAAAUGUAUGUUGCCGGAUGGCUUGGAACCGGGCCUGUUGGCGUAAUACUUCACACCAUGGGCAAUGCAUUUCAAGUUGCUAACACAAUGUGUGAAGAUAUUAGCAAGUUAGAGAAUAGCAGAUCAAGGGGUGGAUUUAAUGAACUUAAAAAAAUAUUGAGAAAUGAAAUAGUUGAUUGGGAAGGCUGGAACAAAAUUGAUCAAUAUGAGAUAGAGCAGGGCAAAAAAGUGGGAAAACCAAGGGAGAAAAUUUGUGAUGUUGCAAAAAUGGUGGAAAUUGCUUAUUCUUGAAAAUUGUAUAGAUUAUUUGUAUAUAAUGAAUUUUAUAAAUGCAAUAAAAAUAGUUAACUUUAAACUUAGCCCUUAUGUUGUUAGUUGGUAACUAAAUCAAUUUUAUAUAUUAUCAAAAAUGUUAUUAUAAAUAUUUUUGUUGAUAACAAUUAUAUACAACAUACCUGUGCUAUUACAAUAAAAUCAUAUUUAUAAAAAGAGUUAUAUAGUUUACAUGAUAUGAGCCAAAGAGAAUUUGAAAUAGAGGUGGAUUGUUAAAGAAAACCUUUUAGCCACAGUAAAAUUUACUGCCAUCUUUCGACACAUGAUUGAAACUUUUAGAACACCAUUUGGAUCCUUAUUCUUUCACUGAUAUGUGUUAAAUUUGUUAAAUAUCAAAAAGUGGCGCCAUCUAAUAGAGCAAAGGCCAAAGGUAUGGCUUCAUUGUUUCGAGCGAUGGCGCCACAACCUUUAGCAAAUGCCCGGAAAAAUGGCGCCACUUUUUGAUAUUUAACACAUCAGUGAAAGAAUAAGGAUCAAAGUCAAAUGGCGUUCUAAAAGUUUUAAUUAUGUGUCGAAAGAUGGCAGUAAAUUUACUGUGGCUACAAAAUUUACUUUGACAAUCCACCUCUUUUUCAAAUUCUUUUUGAUAUGAACACAUAUAGGUAAUUAUUUUGUACAGUCAAAAGAUUUGCGACCCAUUUUGUACCUUGUCAGUGACAAUAAUAUGACGUCUCUAGCGACUUUCAUGUUGUCAAUGCGACAAGGUACGAAAUGGGUCAAACAAUACCAUUCACAUUUUUGACAUGUCAUGCGUUCUCAUAAUCUUUAUUAUCGUUCGUGCCGAACCAAUCUGUGUAUAUUUUUGAACAUUAGUCACAGAAAGGAAACUCUUGUACCUGCAAAUCUUCAGAAAAUUUGCGUUUGUACGAGACAAUAGUAGACAAUUUCAUGGAAUGCUCCGUACAUGAUUCUCACUGGCCCAUUUAAAAAUAUUAACCCUGUAUACUUGUUAAAAGGUUAGCAAUGAAACUAAAUAUUAUUUGCAAACAUUUAUUGCGAACUCCAUUUUGAAAGUGGAAGACGCGACUACGCUUACGCUUAACUUAACAAUAUGUGCUUUAUCCUCAACAAUACCUACAAUUCUCCAGUAAAAACUGUUUAAAAUUGCUAAAAUACAUUCAGCUACAAUUAUUAAUAAUAAAUUCCAUGUCGAACA